AAAGAGAUGGGAGCAGACUUCUCAAAGGAUUUAGAUUUGGCUUCUCAGUCACAGCCAAGUCAAGACCCCACUCACACUGAGUCACAGAAAAAUGAAACCAGAGUCAAGGCAGUGGAGAUAGCAACAGAACAAGAGUUGGGUGAAACCAAAGCCAAAGCAGGGGAGAAAACAGCAGAAGUAAAACCUAAUGAAACAAAAGCCAACGUAGUGGCGAACAAAAUAGAAGCAAAGGCCUCUACCAACAAAGCCAAGGCAACAGCAGAAGCGAAGCUUCCUUAUAACUAUGAAGCAAUCAUAAGAGAUGCAGAUUCACCGAUUGAUAGGUCUUCCACAGACAAACUGUAUGAGCAACUCUGCAAUGGAGUUUUCUUAAACCAAAAGAGAAAGAAGUACUGGGUUGAAAGGAAGUCCAACAGCAACUGCUUCAUGUUGUUUGCCAGGGACCUUCUGAUUACUUGGGCUGAAGAAAAGCAUUUUUGGCAGUGGUCUUACCAGAAGGAUUCAAGUGACGUAUUUAUGGAUGUAGCUGAACUAUUAAACGUAUGCUGGCUCGAGGUACAUGGAAGACUUGAUGCAACAAAACUCUCUCCAGGGACUCUGUAUGAAGUUGCAUUUGUGAUCAUGUUGAAAGACCCUGCCUACGGAUGGGAGACUCCGGUGAACUUCAGACUCAUUCUCCCAAAUGGAAUGAAGAAAGAACAUAAAGAAAAUUUAAUGACAAAGCCAAGAGGGCAAUGGCUAGAGAUUCCUGUUGCUGAGUUUAGAACUUCACCAGAAAGCACUGGGGAGAUGGAAAUCUCUAUGUACGAAUAUGAGGGUGGUGUAUGGAAGAAAGGACUUGUUGUCAAAGGUGCACUCAUCAGGCCAAAGAACUAGUAGCAAGAGUAAACUAUAGUUUUCCAUUUAGCUGAAAAAAUAAUUUGAAACAGAUGAGCAGAGAUCACAUUUUGUUCUGUAAACCCUCAAUGCAGGAAUGAGAUUCUAUGCGCCAUGUCUAUGUGAUGAAUAAAUUUUUAAAAAAGGGAAGACUGCUUUCAUAUUUGAAUUAAAA